GCCUCCCGAAGAAUCACUACGACAGCGACGACGACGCCGGCAUGCGUGCUGUGUCGACGGCCGGGCGCCGGCACGACCCGCCGCGCGGCCAUGCACACCUCGCAACGACGUGACUCGGCGUGGGCGGCGGCCGUCCAGGUCGCGUCCAACGUGGUGGGCAACGUGGUCAAGAAGGCGGCCAAGGACGGCAUGUCGGUCGACCCGCUGCGCGCCGUGGCCAAGGAGAUGCAGUUCCUCACGGGCAACAUCCGCAAGCUGCUGGGCUCCGGGCACCCGUCGCUGGACCGCGUCGCCAAGUACUACACGCAGGCCGAGGGCAAGCACGUGCGGCCGCUCAUCGUGCUGCUCAUGAGCCGGGCCACGCACCUCUGCCCCAAGGACCCGCGGCCCGCCGAGCAGGGCGCGAGGGUCCCCAUCGACUCGUCGAUAUCCCCCGCGCAGAUCCUCGCCGACGUCAACCCGUCGGCGACGCAGCAGCCCCUGACGGCGCGGGAGCCCGAGAUGACGCCCGAGGACGCCCGCCUCGACAUCCUGCCGAGCCAGCGGCGGCUGGCGGAGAUUACGGAGCUGAUCCACACGGCCUCGCUGCUGCACGACGACGUGAUUGACCACUCGGUGUCGCGGCGCGGCUCGCCGUCGGCCAACCUCGAGUUCGGCAACAAGAUGGCGGUGCUGGCGGGCGACUUCCUCCUCGGGCGGGCGUCGGUGGCGCUGGCGCGGCUGCGGCACGUCGAGGUCGUGGAGCUGCUGGCGACGGUCAUUGCCAACCUGGUCGAGGGCGAGUUCAUGCAGCUCAAGAACACGGAGCGCGACGAGCGCUGCCCGCGCUACUCGGAGGAGACGCUCAGCUACUACCUGCAGAAGACGUACCUCAAGACGGCCAGCCUCAUCUCCAAGUCGUGCCGCGCCGCCGCCCUGCUCGGCCACGCCGACGCCACCACCGUCGACGCCGCCUACGCCUACGGCCGCAACCUCGGGCUGGCCUUCCAGCUCGUCGACGACAUGCUCGACUACACGCGCACCGGCAAGGACCUCGGCAAGCCCGCCGGCGCCGACCUCGAGCUGGGGCUCGCCACGGCCCCGCUGCUGUUUGCCUGGAGGCAGAACCCGGAGCUGGGCGCGCUCGUCGGCCGCAAGUUUGAGCGCGACGGCGACGUCGAAAAGGCGCGCGAGCUGGUGCUCCGGAGCGACGGCAUCGAGCAGACGCGGGCCCUCGCGCACGACUACUCGGAGCGCGCCAUCGCCGCGAUCGCUGCCUUUCCCGACAGCGAGGCCAAGGACGGCCUGGUGGAGAUGGCGCAGAAGACGAUUCAGCGACAAAAGUGAAGAGCAGCCGCGGGGCACGUGUAUGAUUAUGUACUUGACGGACAAGGCUGCGGGGGUCCGGGCAUCCUGAUUUAGGCACAUAGAGGCGCACGGUUCUUGCGUGGGUGUACAUUCAGCUCAGUGGGUUUGGUGGCUGCCGAGGGUGACGGUCCGCCGUACGGCAACGGACAGAGGGCAUAUGGAAUGUAGACAUGUACAAAAUAACAAAGAUGCAGUACCAA